GGCGGGUGCUUGGCUCGCGGUUUGACGUCAGCAGUCCUCCGUUCUCACACAUGGGAUCGGUGAUCGGUUUGUCCGCCUCCUGCAGCCCGGUCAGCCGCCGCAGCACAUCCAGAGCCGAUCCUCUAUUUUUAUUCCGACACCCGUUUUUCUCACUGUGAGGGCUUUUAAUUUUAUUUCACUUAUUUCCAUGUAGGCUCCAGAGCUGAGGACUGAUUCAGACUUUUUUCUCUUUUUUUUUUUUUUUUUUUUUUACACACAUAUUUGUGCUUUAUUUUGUUGUUUUUGCGCUGUUUCCGGAUCCUAAAUCCUAAAAGGAGGCGUUUUGGAGAAAAUGUCCCAUCGACAUCCCAUCCCGCUAAAUCCAAGUUUCCUGCCUCCGGCGACGCACGGAGUGCUCAAGUCUCUGCUGGAGAACCCGAUGAAGCUGCCGCUGCAUCAUGAAGCUUUCACCAAGGAGCAGGAGAAGGAGAAGAACCUGGAGGAGGAGCACAACACCCCCCAGUCAGCCUUCCUGGGCCCCACGCUUUGGGACAAGACCUUGCCCUACGAUGGGGACACCUUCCAGCUGGAGUACAUGGACCUGGAAGAGUUCCUGUCUGAGAACGGCAUCCCCUCCAGCCCCUCGCAGCACCACCACCACCACCACCACCACCACCACCACCACGACCAGCACCAACCACGCGUUCCGGCUCGCCAGCCGCCGAUCAUGCCCCCAGCCCCGUCCACGCCGGCGCCAUCAGUGAUGGACCUAAGCAACCACGCCUCCACCUCCGUAAACACGAGUGUCGUCUCCCCAAACUGCUUGCACGGCAGCCCGGCAAGAGCAGGUCUCCCAAACUCCAGAAACACUCCCAGCCCCAUCGACCCAGACUCCAUCCAGGUCCCUGUCGGGUACGAGCCCGACCCAGCGGACCUGGCGCUGUCCAGCGUCCCAGGUCAGGAGAUCUUCGACCCGCGCAAACGCAAGUUCUCGGCUGAGGAGCUGAAACCGCAGCCGAUGAUCAAGAAAGCUCGCAAGGUCUUCAUCCCGGAGGACCUGAAGCAGGACGACAAAUACUGGGCCAGGCGCAGGAAGAACAACUUGGCAGCCAAACGUUCCCGGGACGCGAGGAGGCUCAAAGAGAACCAGAUCGCCAUCCGAGCCGGCUUCCUGGAGAAGGAGAACUCGGCACUGAGGCAGGAGGUGGCCGACCUGAGGAAAGAGCUCGGACGCACAAAGAACAUGCUGGCCAAGUACGAGGCACAGCACGGGCCGCUGUGAGCGCACACACACAGAAAAACAUAUAUAUAUUUAUAUAUAUAUAUAUAUAUAUAUACAUGUACACACACACACACUCUCAGAAUGAUGACCCUGCCUUCUCCUGACCUUUCACCUCUCCUCCACAAACACAGUCAAGGGUUGAAAAAAAAACAUUCAAAAUAUAUUUCAACUUUUCAUCAUCUGACUUUGACUGUGGACAAAUGAGAUAAUUCAAUAUUUUUAAAUGAACAAUCCAACAAAUCAAACACAUUAAAACCAACAGUGUUAGUCCGUCUCUCAACUCCGUUUGUGGCUCUGAGCUCAUUGGUUCCUACUGAAUGUGAAUCUUUAAAAAUGCCUCAAAAAUACAUUUAAAAAAAAAAUUUUUUUUUUAAAAAGACGCUGCCGUUUUAUCAAACAAGGAGGAAAUACUGCAUUUGUUGUGUAUUUUCAGCGGCAAUUUAAUCUACUAGUGAGUGUGUGAGCCUGAGUCAAAAUAAACUGCAGUGUGUGUGUGUCCCUGGCAAAGAAACCUUUCACAUCUUUAUAAUAUUCCUGAGUUCCCUCCAAACAUUUGUCAUCUGUUUCCAUGGUAACAGUCACCCAGCAGCCACUUAAAGACAUGGUGAUUUGCUCCUGAGUGGCAGCAGUUGCCUGCUGCAUAUUAGGCCCAUCAUUCUGACUCACUACACACACACACACACACACACACACACACGUCUCUGUGGCCCUGUGAACUCUCCUCAUGGACCCCCCCCCCCCCCCCCCCCCCAAGACUGAACUGCCACCUGUCAACCCACUUGACGUCUGACUUUUGAACCGUCCUUUCCCAGUGACGGCACUUUACAUGGAUGAUGCCUGGCUCUCUGCCUACCCUUCAGAGACUCCGCCCCUUGCAGGUAUGCCUCGACAAUGCGCCUGUUCACAUGUAUAUACCUGCCUUCGUUCUGCUCCUGACGACUCUGUAUAUGAAUGUGUACCAACUCCUGCUCGUCUCCUAUUGGUCAAUCAGCAUCUGUUCCCUUGUUUUAUUUAAUUUUUUCUAUCAGGACGGUUUCUGCCUGUCUGGGACCCUCAGCAGUAUUUUUAUGGAUAUUUGAAGAGUGCAAAUAUAAACAAAUACACGGAAACAUAUGAUAUCAUAACUUUAAGAUGCACUCACUGAUUUUACCCUAAAAAUGCCAAGAAAAAUUUAUAGCAAAGACAAAUAAAAUUUUUUUAUAAUCCCCUAAACGGCAUCAGGGAGUGUGUCUUGAAAUACUUAAACAAAGAGAGGAACCCAAAGAGCGCCAAUACUUUCACUUUAUUUUCGGGGCCCACUGAUGGCCAAGGGGGGCCCCUCAGCAGCCUCGUAAUCUGCACACACACACACACACACACACACACACACACACACACACACACACACACACAUACACACACCAAAACUGACCUGCAGCUCAGGUGGAUUCAGACAGUGAAUUGACACUUUAUAGUUCAGCACAUAACUAAUGAUCUUUCAAAUGUGAAUACAAGCAACACAAUUGGUAUGUUUAUCCCUUUGGCGCCAUUUAUUUCACAAAUCCAAUUAGUCACUUCAGCAUAUUCCAAGAUGGCCGCCAUUUGCGGCACAUGAAACGUGUAUUUUACCCACAGAUUUAAAUGAUUUUGCAAUUUAAUCCCAUGUUUGUGACUGAUGAUGUUGAGCUUAAAUUUCUUUAUCUUAAGAGCUUUAUUUGUACAAUUUCUAAUAUAUGAUGGGAAAAAUUCUGCACAAACGAUUUACUAUGUAUGAUGAACCAAAAGUUCAGCAGGAGUCGACUGUCUACUCGUUUUAUUCAAGCCUUAAAUCAGCAUUUGUAGUUUAGCAGUAACAUUAACCCUAGCUUAAUAUGCUAGCUCGCUACUGCACUAUGCUAGUUAGCCAGCAAGCUAACACUUAAGCAAACAAACCCUGUCAAUUGUCAACUGACUUACACCCAUUUCAAAGGCAAAUGAUUAAAUCACUUCAGUUACCUCAAUGUAAUACCCGAGGAGGGUUUGUGUCAAGUUUAGUACUUGUAGCCACAUUUGAAAGAAUUACCUGAAACAUGCAGUUAUCUACUGAGCUAUUAGUUUACUGUAUCCUCUGCACACCCUCCACAUCUCUAGCCACCUGUUUAUAUGACGUUUAUAUGACGUUUCUCUCUUUGUCUUUUGAGAUGAGCUGCUUUGAAUCUGGCCACCGUGCAUGUUAAAGUUCUGGCCAUGUCUGGAAAUUACAUUUUUCUUCACAGAUUUGCUUUUCAUAAGACACAGCUGCUUUUACCGUAUGACAGUGAAUUGUAGCUGGUGAAAUCAAAUUUAAUUUGACUUUUCAGACAAAUUAAAUACAGGAUUCAUUUCAGACUCAAUUCUGAAUUUCCCAAAACUUAGAUGAGCUGAUACUUUCUUAUUAUCUUGUGUGAGCAAGAUAACACCUUCUGCAUGCAUAAUAUUUCAUGCAAACAUGGUUAUGUAUGCUGGCCUUGGAGCUCAAUGCACUGCAGCUUAAGAAAACACAUGCAAAACAUAGAAAGGUAAUUUCAAAGGUUUGGAAGUAAUGAAGAAGUGCGCCUGAGCCUGGUCCGUCACUUUUUUGUGUCCCAUGGAAACACUUCGGUUGUGCUGCGUGUACUUUUUUUUUGUUUUGAGUAUUUGUGUUUUGUCUGCUUGCACGUGCUUCUUAAGUUGCAGUGCAAGAAAGUAAUUUGUGCAAACAGGACAAUGUCAGAAUUGUUUUUACAAGAGAAUAACUUGUGUAAACUUCACAAUUACAAGUACAAGAUAAUAACGUGUGUGCUCCAGAUACUUUCUCGCGUAAACAAGAUAACAGGAGAAUAAUCUUGCACGCAUAGGAGAAUCAUUUUUAAAUAAGUAGGAAGUAAUCCUCAGUAAACUGAUCAGCACAUUACAGCUUCAUGUCACACUAUCGAGUCUAUUUAAUUAGUUUGUGGCCUGAUGAAUGUAGGAGCACGGCUGUGAUGUGCAGGGACCUCUACGGUGAUGAGCAGGUGUCGGGCAGCAUCGCAGCUUAUGUCAUGUACAUCCUCAUGUCGCCCACAUGGCAGCAUUACAACAGUGUUACAUCAACAGAAAUACAGACGCAGCUGAUUUAGUUUUGUUUUCUCUCCAAAAACCUCGAUCUGUUUUUUUUUUUGUUUUUUUUAACAAAUGAAUGGAAGCCACUCUGUGUGAAGUCGACUGUUUUUUCCUUUUACAUCUUUUUACAUGAGAGAAAAAACUAGUCGUCUUUUUGUUGUGAAUGUUUUAAAAAAAAAAAAGUUUUUAUAUAAGCUCAGAUGGUGGUACAGGCUAUUCACAGAGAGUUGAAAUAUUCACCGGUUUGUUUUAUUCUCUAUGGAAACCAAACAAUCAGUGCAAUAGAUUGUUCUUUAUGGCUUUGGCAUGAACUUUAUUUUUAUUUUUAUUUUUUUUAUUUUUCUUUCUGUCGUGUCGCUCAGCAAUGAGUACACCCCCCAGUGGCCGAAUGAGACAUGAAUGUAUAUUUGAGUGCGUGGUGUUGUCUUAAACUGUGGAACCACUUUAGUACUCUUUACUACAGACCAAAAGAAAACAGUAUAUAAAGGAUAUAUUGAUAUAUUAAAGGUUUUAAUGUUUAUACAGAGCUAUUCUUCUUGUUUUUUGUACAGUCUGUUUUCCUACAUAGAUAUUUCCUGUGUAUUUUGGAAAGGGUUACAUUAAUAUAAACAGUAGAUUAAACAUAUAUAUUAUAUUCAGAAUUAUUACCAACAUGUGCCCAACCUGUCUGGGCAAUGCAUGGGCAUUAAAAUCCUCUGAAGUUCGUCUUGUGUCCGAUCCUUUCCUCCCUUCGUAGUUGAAAUACCUCAAACCCCCCCACCCCCAAUUUUCAGAGCCCCUGGAACACCUGUGCAGGUGCCACAUCAGCUGAUUCAGGUGCUCUGCUCACCUCCAUGUAGAUGCUAAUGUAUGUACAGUUUCAUGGCUCUGUUCAGCCCGAAUGUAUCCUGCCCUUAUUUUUCUUCUUUCUGUUUGGUAUGAUUCUCUCCUGGUGUUUGGUUCUCUCUGCUCCUUCAGAGCCUCUGCAGCUCUGUGACGUUUGACUCUGUUCAAAUACAUUUUUCCUAUGUUUGUCCUUGAUUAUGUUUCUCAUGAUCAAAAUAAUAACUAAUAAAUAAAAGUUAAAAUCCA